GGUAUUUUGCAUAAAAUGUGUAUCAGUAGGGCAGCGCUAUCCCCUGCACAUGCAUAGCGCACAUGUAGCGUGGCUUUACUGAACACAUACCACGGUCGAAUAAGCGCAUCAAACUCCCCUCAGCUCCAGAUCCCCGCCAAUGAAAAUGCACAAAAGCGUGAAGGAGAGAGAGGGAGAGAAGGGACUUCGCGAGAUACAAAGACAGCGCCAAAUCCCACUCAAACAGACACAACACAAGUUGAGCGAACGGAAAGGCGGUCACAUUUCCUACUCACCUGCAAACGUGAUUGAUGUGGGUGUUUGUAUCAGUGGGUGUGUAUGUCAUGCUUGACACUCACGGAUAUGCUGACUCUACUUUCUUGGAAUACAUGAGAAUCUUUUAAUCUUCGCUCGUGAAGCAUCACACCCGCUCCAACGCAGCCGAGGCACAGUAUCCAGAACGCAGAAGACUACCAGGUAUCUUUGAGGAGCCCAGGCUGUCCAGCUGAAGCCCAUCUGAGAAGUGACAGAGACACCUGCCUGCACUUUAACCAGGAGAAAAAAAACUUUAUGCGCACAAGACACCUCUCAAUCACUGCUUCCAAUUUUUUUGCGCUCUAUGGAGCAGGUGUUUUACUCAGCGCUCUUUCUCCACUUUUUCACCUGUCUGCGAAAGACUUUUGCUCCAGUCUAGUGACAUUCAGGGAUAUCUACUGAAACUCCAAGUCGACUCGAAGUUAUCAACACAAACAGUCAAGAAUGGAUAACAGCCCUGGCGGUAAGUUUGACUUUUAACUUAUACCUAACAUGCAACAGCCACUCUGUUGCGAUAAUAGUGCUGCGAUGACAUAACAGUCAUAUUGAUCUACAUGGCAUUGUUGAGCCUUUUCAUUCAUGCAGUUGUCAAUCAAUUAUGAAGUACAUUUUUUGUCUUUUUUACUCUAUUCUUUUUUUUUUUUUAAAACAUGUUAUCCAUUGAAAUGCAUUUAUAAAUCAUGUCUAAUAAGCAACAUAGAUAUGCAUUUCUGUUAUAGUGUGAAAAUAAAACUAAAUCACUUUUGCAAUAUAUAUGUGCAUGCUCAGAAACCACAUAAUGCAACUUAUACUGCAUAUCACACCUAUUAAAAGAUGCACAAAUGCCGAUUUAUAUAUCUCUCAGUUUCAUGAUGCUUUACAUUUGCUUUAUAAUGUGAUAUUAAAUGUCUUGUACACGGAAUCGAUCCUCACACCAGAAAAAAAUCACGUCAGUUAGUUUUCAAGAUCAGUGAAAGUUUAACUGUGAGACUAUAACAAACUCGUCUUGAAGUUGCUGUGCUGCGUUCAAGUGUCAAAUCACAGCUCCAGCACUGCAGCUCUCGCCAUAUGGUCGUAGUGGGGCUGGCCACUUCCUGCUUCUCUUCAUAAAAACAAACUCACGUGGAGCUACCGUACACUGGCUUGACACUGUAAACAAAAUCUGUCAGAGCCAGCACUGUAUAACUUAUCAUCUCACGAGGGGGGAAAAAGGAAACUUUGCUGUAAAGGAUGUGUGUGUUACUGUUAUCAAGGCCACCGCUCAAGUGGCUGCAGUAUAAAAGUUGAUAACCGCAGGAUUUCCACUCGUUAAGUGGUAUUAGUCAGCGUGUGCUCGAGGUCAGCCAAAGGUGCACAUGCGUCCUGCUUCCUCCCCUAAUUGACGGUGAAUCAUUUACAACAGUCACGGUCACGUUCCAGCACAGGUGAUGGGCGCACCCUGUAGUCCGUCAACAUGUUACUGUGAGCUGAGGGCAUCACUAAACCCAUUCACCGGGUUAUGGCUUUUUGUUUAUGCUGAUUAAGUGGGCCAGUGUUUAAAAGAAACAAGCCAUGUAGUUAAAGGAGGAACCUCUAGUAGCACUUGAACUGAUCGAGAUGAUAAACUGAGAUUACUCUGUUGUUGUUUUAUUAAUACUUGAUGGUUUUAGAUACCACUUCACAUCCUCAAUCCUUACUUUACAAAUAUAACAGUGCAUCUUUUACUUUACAAAGUCUUGCAGCCGAUAACUGUCCCUCCUCUGAAGAUCCCUCUAGGCCGCAAUGACUGAUUGUGCUCCAGUCAUGGGUUCGAUGUAGUAAUUUAAUAAAUAUAACUCUAUAACAAAAAUACGAGUUGGUUGAAGUGCAGAUGAAAUGACAAUGUGAAUUCAUGUUGCUGUGCAUGUCUGCUGCAUUCCACAGAAUUGGAUGUGAUUGGAUAGGAACACCUAAUUUCAUGCAUCUUACACUCCAUGAAACCUACAAAAUAGUUGAAAGAAGUCCCAAAUUUUGGAGAGCAGGGGGACACAAGAACACGCAUGUUUGAAAAGUGAAUUAAAACGUCAACAAAUUUAUCCCUUGACUCUCACUUCAAAGGUCAACCAUUCGAGUAAGUUAUGUUAGAGCUUAGUUAUUUGUUUGUUUGUUUCUCAGGGGUUUUAUUUGCUCAGUUGCACCAGAACAAGAAUAUAAUUGGCUGUCAUGAAGCUCAGGACAAGAACACAUUGUUGAUUUCCUCUCUGUUCACUGCAUAACUUCCUGCACUGUGAGCUCUCACUAAUCCCCUCACUCCCCUGGUGGAGGUUUCCUGCAUUAUUCUUAGCCUGUUUAAAUCAGUCAGAAGUUAAAUCUGGAGCUGUUUCUAAUAAUCACUCAUAAACCAGUGUUAGUUUUGGCCAAGUUUUGAACGGCGGAUGAAAACAAUAAAAUAAGACUCACUAAUAGGGACAAGUUCUGCAAACAAACAGUGCAACUGAUACCAUGAAGUCAACUUUAACAGUACUUAUGCGCAUUAAUUAGCCAAUCAGAAUGGAUUUUAUCCUGAAGAAAUGAGAGAUAAUACAAUCAAGUCCUCUCAGGGCAACUUAAAACUGCAUCUGAAAAGAUACCUUUAAGCUUUAAAUGUCCCCAAAGUACAUUUGAAAAUAAUUGCAUUGAACUUUAAGGCAACAAUUCACAAGAAUAGGGCUCUGGAGUGUUUAGUUUAUGAGAUUUCUUUAAGUCUUGGUCAGAAUCGUCUCUGAUUGCCCAUUUGCAAUACUGAUGCAUCUGUGGGAACUAGAUGCAGCGCCCUGCUGUCAGUCCAGCUUCUGUUGCUGCUGCUGCUGCUGCUGGUGGUGGUGGUGGUGGUGCACAGCCAGACCCCCCUCCGCCACCAUCAUCACCACCCCCGCACAACACGCUGCUCUAUUUAAUUCGGCUCUUUAAUUAUAAGCCCCUGGCGGACUGCAGAAGCUCUGGCUUCAAGCUGGAGUUGCAGCUUCAAGUCUCCCCAGUGAAAGCUCCGUCAAAAGCCUCCUCACGUGGCUUCCUUUGCAGAGCCGCGUGCGACGCGUGAGAUAGCCGAGCCCUCCUCCCCGCCGCUUCCCCGCUCUCACGGACGCCUCUGUGUUGAUGCCGCCUGCGGUGAUGAAGAGGGAGAGCUUGGUCAGUGGGUCAGCGAUUCCAUGCUUUAACUUUUUCUCUUUCUAUCUCCCGUCACGUUUCCCCGCCUCAUGCGCCUGUUGUUUGGAAUGAAAAGCGUUUUUAAUCCCCUCGUUUGAAUCACACAGUUUGAAGGAAGCGGACUCGAUUUUUUUUGGACUGCAACAUCUGUCCUCAAACCCCCCAGUUCAGGGCACACAUCCGCUUAGGUUUGCGUUUCAUCUGGAACGUGACUCCACUGUUAAACGCAACAUCUGAUCUGUCAUGCAACAUCCAAACAAUACCCAGAGCCUUUAUUUCUAAUGUUUACAAAAAAUGCACAACCUUUUAGUGGAUGAUUUUGGUUCAUUUUUGACAACACAAAUCUUUCUGGUCUUUAUAAAUAAUGACUAUCACGAGUGGUUAUCCAUUUCCUCCCGAUAAUUGCACCAACCAGAGCUGGUAUUUGAUGCAGCAUCAGUUUAGGGAGAUGCUCCAGGCGCACAGACACAAUUCUAUCAAGUUCCUGUGAUAUUGACCUACUUACACAAGCUAGUGUUAAUGAAGUCUACAGCGAACACCCAAGUGGUGCUCAAACACUGGCCAUGUUCAGUGGCACACAAGACCAAAUAGAGGACCUAUUCUUGGACAUAUGCGAUUUUAUGUUUCAAUUCUGUAUGAAAGAGGGAAAACACGUGCGAGGGUAUGCAUCACAAGGGGGAACAAACACAGUGAGUGGUGUGUUUGAGGCUAUAUGUAGCUGACCCUCUGUGUCCUGAUUUAUAAGGUGAAAGUAAGAGAUAAAGGACAAGCGAAUGAGAGAGAAACGCAGAGGGGAUGACAGGAGAGGGGAAGAGAGCUGUGCCUUUGAACUGCUCACUGCUCACGUUUCUCUGCCUGCCUCCAGUCCCAGGCAGAUUAGUGCUUGCACGGGUAGGCUAAGUUUGAAACGGGCACCGGGGAAGAAAAUAACCGAAUACACCGAAAAUCCAUUAAGGGGUCACGUAGAAGUUGACUGAUUUAUAAUAUACUGUCAGUAAUAAGAAUGAAGAAUGCAAUACUACACACCUCAUCUAUUGAUUUAUUAUUGCAUUUGCCUGCAGCCUGUACAGAUAGUCAAACUUUCUGCAAUGUUUGAAUCAAAAUGUGAUUCUCCUACAGUUGCAUGAAACUGAGGAUGGAUAAAAACUCAUGCAUCAGGAGAUAAAACUGUGUAUCUAAGUCUGUGUUCUGUGCAAAUUUGUGCAGAUGAUCAAACUUUAUUUACCUCUGUGCUACAACAUCUAGUGCAUGCAGGUGAUAGUGUCAUAGUACCAGCCCAUAUACUCCAAAGCUGCCUGUAAAAGAGAUUGUUAAUUGACAGUGUUUACAACAGUGUGGCUGUAGGGGUCAUUCAUAAACACUUACUGUACAUGUGAGCCUUCAGGUGGACAUGCAAUGUGUUUGGGUGGAGUGGGGGGUUGGGCCACUGACUGUCUGCAUGUAAGCUCAGGAAGCAAUGAGGCUCAGGCCUGCAUCUGCUGGCUCUGUCUGUCUGUGGCUCUGGCAUGAGUCAACAAACCAGCAACACGUGCUGGUUGAGGGAUUAUUAAAACCUUUGAGCCAAACAAAAAGCUUGUGCAGCAAAGGCCAACACACAGGGACAGCACCCAUGCAGAAUAAGCAUAAAUACUACCUGCUGCAUGAAUCACUCAAAUGGGGUUUGUGGAAGUAAUGUCAAAGUUUGAAAUAACUGCAAGCAGGUCAUGAAUAAAGUCUGAAAUGAGGCCGAUUUUUGCUGGAUUAUAUUCAAUUGUAAAUGGCUUUGCAUAAAAUGUUCCUUCCUAUGGGAUUCAACUGUGCGCUGAGUUAUUUGUAUGUUAUUAUUACUCAAGUCCCAUCCAUUAGGUUGAGGCUUUCCUUUGCAAAAACGUGACUCGCAUUCUCAAACUGAUGGUGGCGCAUGAACAGUAGCAGUAGGGAGAAACUUGGUGCCACCUCAAGCCUGGGAGCUUCCCAGCUCUCCGCGUAUGUUUGUAAACACAGUUCCGACUAGAGAUUGUUGUAUAUUUCAACACGAGACUGCGGAUUUGGUUCGGGCAGUAACCGUGUCAGGAGUCCAUGCAUGUGAGGCGGCGGUCAGGUGUCGUGCUGUUAGCUGGCGCUGGGCACGGUGCCAGGGGAGCGAGGCUAUUAUUGGAGCGGAGGAGGCAGCAGACCCCGCAGACACGUGAGGCCGUGUCUCAGCUCAUCCACAACGCAUGACUGAGAGAAAGAGAAAGAGAGAGAGAGGGAGAGAGAGAGAGAAAGAGAGAGAGAGAGAGAGUUGAUGGGAUAAAAAGGAAGCGAAACUAAACUAACUCCAACAGUCGUACGGCGCCAAACUCAACACGUAUUUUUAUGGUAAAUGCAUGAAUUCUGCAAAAGCAUGACACAUGAAUUAUUUAUAAAAAGAAGCGCUUUGAUGAUGAGUCUCGUGCAUGCUUGUCUGCUCUGUUGCUGUGUCACAAGCAGUAUUUUUAGCGCACACUUUAACCGCUUGAGCGCACCAUUACGCGCGUUAUACUCAGGAUGAGGCAACGACUAUGUAAACUCUCCGAGCUGUUCUCCACUGCCCAGAGGUUGUGCAACAUUACAUCACAUCACAUCCAAAGUUGUAUUCUAGGGAAUUAUGGAUGGACAAGUUCAAUAUAUUCCACAUUUACAGUUGAUCUAAUUCUUCCACAACCAUACUCGUGUACAAAAAGUACAACAUCCGCUUUAUUCGAGGAUUUAAUUCAAAGUUUCUCCAUCCUUCGCUUAUCUGCAGGUGGAGUCAUCCUGUACGCAGGCUCCUCAGGCAGUUCAAGCCCCAGUCCAGGCAGCCCCUCCAGCGGGUACCAGACGCAGUCACCCUCUUCACACUCCCAGCCCUCAUCUCCAGAGGAAGUGACCUUCACAGAGAUUGGGGCGCUGAAACAGAGGUCAGGCGGUUGCACCACCCCAUCAUCCAAACUGGUGUUCCAGUUCCCAGAUGUGUACAGUGGCCCCUCACCAGCAGCAGCUGCGCCUCAGCAUACCUAUACGCACCCCAUUGCCGGAAAGAGGCCAUGUGGGUUCACAGGAACUUUCACAAGUAGGUGUUUUCUUCUUCUUUUUUCAAUAAUAUUCUCUGAUUUUUAAUUUUUGCAAAUGAUCUAACUGCUUCUUUUCUUUUCUUCAGAGACAGGUGGAAUGGUCCUACUGUGCAAAGUCUGUGGUGACAUUGCAUCAGGUUUCCACUAUGGAGUGCAUGCAUGUGAGGGUUGCAAGGUAAGCCCCAUUUUAGAAAAAUAGCGAUCAAUGAUUGAAGGAAAUGCUGCUUUCAGUGAACCAGUUUCACACCAACUUUGGCUUUUUUUUUCUCAGGGUUUUUUCCGUCGCAGCAUCCAGCAGAACAUCAACUACAAGAUGUGUGUGAAGAAUGAGAACUGUCUGAUCAUGCGCAUGAAUCGCAACCGAUGCCAGCACUGCCGCUUCAAGAAAUGCCUCUCUGUUGGCAUGUCAAGAGAUGGUGAGACAUCCUGACACAAUUUUUUUUGAAGCAAAGGAGACCGCUAGUGCAGAUCUGCCAGAAUGCCACAGUGCUCUGAUUAGCCAAAGCAGCAGGGAAAUGGGCAGACGGAAAGCAGCACAGCUCUGAUUAUGUAGGUCUGUGUGAAAAAUGUAAUGCGGAAAGUCUUUUGAGGUCAUGGUGCCAGUAGCUCAGUUUCUCACUUCAUCACCAGACCUGCACCUGCAUUGCCCUUCUCUGAUCUGGCCUCGUAUCUCUCUCUCUUAAGUUUUCAACAGUUUUUCACCUGCCCUUUGCAGUAGCCUCCCACUCUAACUAUGCCGUUACCUGAACGCUCCGGUUCAGCACAGCCCCUUCCCCUCCCAAGUAUCCACCAUGUUCCCUCAGGUCUCUUACUUCUCCUUCUCAGACAAUGAUUUAUGAGAAGAGGAGCCUUGAAGUCCCCAAAGCUAUCUAUCAUCUGGAAAACUGCAGCAAACACAGGAAUUAUUUUCGGAAAUUGGAACAGGGUCAACUUGAUUACCUCGUGCUUGCCCAUAGAACAUAUUCCUGCAAUUAAUGAGGAACAGAGUCACGAUUAAGCAGCUGAUGCAGUAAAAAGCUAAUAGUGACAGAGUUUAUCAGGCGUGAGGUUCACAUCUACUGGUUUGGGCAGCAACAGCUGAAAAAUGAUUGAUCACCUAUCAUGGCAAAUUAAAAGAUAGCUCGGCUGACCUAGAAAAACAAUACAGAAUCGGGCUUAUAGUGUACUCAUGCAUUGUGACCUACUUGGGGUAGUUUGCCUGUCUUCUUUCUCUCAGUAUGGUUUCUGCUUAUCUCCACCCUCCAGUACCCUGUGUUUGCCUAAUCUAGUAAAGAGGUUAGUGUUAUUUCUGCAUUCGCUUGACACUUCUGGUGCACAGAGAAAAUAGGUUGGCAAAAUGCAACUCAAUAAGAGAGCAAACAGUCAGGUUGGCCCUUUUAAAAAAGAUUCCCGAAUGCGAUCAGGACCACAACCUAGAAACCCCUUUUUGCUCUGUUUCCACCAUUACGAAAACAGGAAAACCGCAGGCAACUGCCUGCAGCCCACAAUAAACAGAGCACCCUGAUUUCACACCAGGCAGCUGUGUGACUGAAAGUGUGUGUUUCGGGCAAAUAUUUAAGUCCGUUGGUGCGAUGGCAUACUUUCUCUUUUUCACAUGUAGAGAAACGGCUCACUGGUCUGCAUAUGCGUCUUUUUAAAAAAGAUCAAAAGAAACAAUGUCAUGGCAUAUUAUUGGCUGAUACUCAUCAAAGGCUCCUGGAGGCAUUGCACAGAUUAAUGAAUAUUUGUUUAACCUAGCAAUAUCUACUGUGUAUUUUAUCAGGACAGGUUCUCACAAAAUUUUAUUGAUCAUGGUAUUUGUAUUGUCAACUAUCUGAUGGAUGUGAAUUAAAGUAGAUCGCUUUAAAGAAUAGUACUGCCCUACAAAUGUUCUGCACCUCCAGUUCCAGGUAUUCUAAAGUUGCGAAAGUCUUUGAAGAUGUACCACAUAAACUUUUUUGCCUCAUCUGACUCCACCAUGCACACGCUCACACAUGCGCAAAAACUCCCCCACGCACUGACACUUUCUCACUUCACAUGUAUCACCGUCUCUCUAUCCAGCCCUCUGCACAUUCCCACUACUGUCUUCUUAUCUCGUUUGCGCUCUGAGCCCCCCUCUCUCAUCUGUCUCCCUCUCAACAUCUCGGUGCCAGUGACAUCACGCUCACGUUGCCCCACUGCCCUACUUACAAACGGAGGGAGGGAGUGGGAGAGGAAGGAGAUAGGGGUGGUUAGAGGAGAGGAUGAGGCAGAUGGUAGCAGGGGUGCUAUAAAUAGCCUCUCCAGCUGAUGGUUACUGUGGGAAGUGGAAGGGGGUGGGGAUAUGGGUGAGGAGAAGGAAGUUUUGAUCUCACAACUUACAUGAUUCUCCUUGAAAUCACAAAACACUUCAGGAGUUUUCAGGCUAGCGAUGUGUGCCAGAGUACUGGAUGACUGUUUCAGUAUGCCAUGUGCAAUAUUCAAUCAAAAGCAGCCAUCCUGUAUUUCCUUCAUAGAAACUCUGCAGCUGUCAGAUUUAACUGCCUGUCAGUCAACGGAGAAUCUGAGUGCUUGAAUAUGUAUAACUAUCAUGCAUUUUAAGGAGCAUUAUGGAAGAGUUGAAUUUUUGUGUCGGUGUUGUCACCAAAGAAACUAAAAUGUCUUCAUUAUUUGUGUCCCCUAGCUGUGCGUUUUGGCCGCAUCCCAAAGCGAGAGAAGCAGCGACUUCUUGAUGAGAUGCAGAGCUACAUGAACAGCCUAAAUGAAUCAGCUGCCAUGGAAAUGGACUCCUCCUCAGGGCGCGAAACUUCCUCCAGCUCAGAAGAAGGCAACUCUAAAGAGGCCAUUGGCGCCAUCUCCAGAGCCUACCGUGACAUCUUCACCAGCAGGAACAACAGCAGCCAGCAAAGACCAACCAAGAGAGCCAACAUCUCCACCAACAAUAACACAUCUCACUUUUCUCAGGAUGCCCCUCUUACCCAAGUCUCUUCACAACCCACCCCCACCCAGAGUUAUCAAUCAUGCCCUGUUGCACCUGCCUCUCAAUGCCCAGUUACCCAUAACGACAACCAGCAUGCUUUCCAAAAUGUGGAAAACAAUCGCUAUACCUACUCAGUUUCAACCAAUCAGAAUCACGAUCAGGCAAACAGCACAACACCUCACAGGGGAAGCUCUGCAAAUCAGAACAGCUAUCGCAAUGCAGGAAGUUCUCAAACUCAGUCGUCCUGCCCGUGGAAACUGGCUUCAGGAGCUAAAGUGCUGGUAGGUGCAGGAAACAUAUUAAGCUUCAUUAACAUUGACUCAAUCUAUGUUGUCUCAACAGUAACUCAUGAUUAUUAUUUCACUCCUCUCUUUCUAAGGCCUGUCCUCUCAACGCAUGGCCUGUAUCAGGGGCAGAGCGCUCCAGUCAGGAGAUAUGGGAAUCCUUCUCUCAGUGUUUUACUCCUGCUGUCAAGGAGGUGGUGGAGUUCGCAAAGGGCAUCCCAGGAUUUCAAGAGCUUGGUCAACAAGACCAGGUCAUGCUGCUAAAAUCAGGCACCUUCCAGGUAACUGCUAUCAUUUCUGAUCAUUUUAGCACAACACAAAUAGAAAAUACUAGUUUUUUCUUUUUAAUGUGUAUAAAUUAAUUAUCUAUUCCCUGUGUAUUCAUACCUUGGUUUUUCUCUGUUUUGUUUGUGUUUAGGUUCUGAUGGUGAGGUUCAGCACUUUGUUCAACGCCGCGGAGCGUACCGUUACCUUCCUGAACGGUCAAACUUACCCGCUCCCCACCCUGCGUGCCUUGGGCAUGAGCUCUCUGCUUGACGCAAUGUUUGAGUUCAGUGAAAAGUUGAGCUCCCUGGGGCUGGAACCUGAUGAGAUGGCUCUUUUUAUGGCUGUGGUGCUUGUUUCUGCAGGUGAGAAAGGGUCACAGUGCACAUUGUUCAUGGGAAUACAGGGAAACUGUUUGAAUGAAUUAAUAUGGUAAUAACUAUAUCUGUUAACCACUCACAUUGUCCUCUUCUGUCCACUUUAGACCGCUCUGGCAUCUCAGACCUGCGUGCAGUAGAGCAGCUUCAGGAGGGACUGAUCAGAGCCCUGCGGUCACUGAUCACCCGCCGUCGCCCUGAUGACAGUGCCCUUUUCCCAAAACUCCUCCUGCGCCUGCCGGACUUGCGCACCCUCAACAAUCUGCACUCCGACAAACUGUUGGCCUUUCGCAUCGAUCCUUAAGGGGACCGAUUGCUGUAGGAGCUCACAGACACAAACUGUUUUACACAAAGAAAACACAGUUGUCGCACAAACACAUAUACACACAUGCACAGAUACUUUCUUCCAAGGGCAGGACUUCCCUGAAAAUUGAGCAACAAUGAAUUGUGCAAUCCGUGGAGUGUUUUUCGGAGGGAGAAUGAGGGCAGUAGCGAACAUCUUCUUGUUUCGUUAUUGAUCUUUUGCUUCAUGUUAUAAGACAAUUACACAUAAACAUAGACACUCAUGUAUACACAUAAACCUCAGCAUCUCUUGAAGACAUUGUUCCAGUUUAAAAUGUAAUUUUUGUGUAGAGUAACUAUAACCCUUUUGGAUGAAUCAUUUGUGCACUUGCUCAUUAUAUCCAGUGUAUUUAAGAAUAAAAGCCAGUUCACUUCUGUUUAUUCCUCAAGUUUUAAGGUGUCAACAGGCCAUCACUAAGUAGCAGAUGACAGGCCGGAAUCAUAGAUCCAAACAGUUCUUACAUAGGGACCAUAAGUAAAGAUGACCAUGUUUCAGUUUCUGUUUAAAACAAAGGGAACUUGUAAAUAAUGCAUAGUGAAAUCUGAAAUAUUAAGGUAAUUGUGUAUCACUGUUUCACAAACAUACCAUCUGCAUUGGUACUGGAAUGAGACCACUUUGUUAACGUGUCACUCGUACACAAUAGAACGCUUUCUGUCUCUUGCUAUUUUCAACUGAUCUUCCAGAAAAGACUUGGGUUAAGAAUAUGCCAACUUUAUAAGUCAAUGGCAUUUUAUUUUAUUUCACAAAGAGGUGUGUCUGCUGUGAUAUGUUGUACCACAUCUGGGCUGAUGAAGAUGCUCUAUGCAUGUUGGUUUUGUAGUUAUUUUGUUUAUUUUUAUUCUUUUUUUUUCCUGUAAAUAUUAUGUUAUCCAAAUGUCUACGUAUGAAUGACUGAACUGAUAUGUUGGAUCGGACAGAUGAGUUCGGUGAGAAGAAGAAUGUACUCUACCUUACUGUACUAGGUGGGGCUUUGGCCAUACCAAGGGGGCUUUGCACAGGAGGACACGUAACAGGGAUUCUCAGAUGGUUUAGACACACUUAAAGCUACCAGAUGAUGUAACCAACCAGCAUAAUCCCUGAAAACACCAGCACUUACUCCAUAUGCACCCUUCCUCUGCCCCCAAUGUUUGUCAUACAAACUAAAGAUAUUUUUGGGUGAGAGAUCUUUGUUGAUUGGUCCUCUCACUGUUUGCUUGUUUGAUUAUGGAUGAUUGAGGACAUCUUGUACAUUUUGUAAAUCUUUAUUCCUAAAUAGAAAAGAUAUAAAGUUCAAAUUAUGUAUCAA